UACUGGAAGAUAUGUUUACCACCAGUUUAAAGAUUUGCCAAAAACGUGGAAACUUCAACGUCUGCCCGCGUGGACGGCCGGGACCUCCGGGGAGAGCUGGAACCAAGGGCAACAAAGGAAACGAAGGGAGGAGGGGUAGGAAAGGUUCCCAAGGAAUUAUGGGACCGCCUGGUAAAAGCGGAAAACAAGGGAUUAUGGGACCACCGGGGAUUAGAGGAGAAAAAGGAAUUAAAGGAGAUAUCGGGCCAUCGGGUAUCCCAGGGAUUAAAGGUGAACCUGGAGAAUCUAUUUCUGCACCAAAAGUGACCAUUUCUCCGGCUUCGCAACUGACUGUCAACGAAAGCAACACUGCUGUUUUCUUUUGCUCGGUUUCUGGGAAUCCGGCAGCGAAAGUAACUUGGACCAAGGUGAAUGGGUCGUUACCUAGCGACAGGACCAAAGUGACGUCAGAUGGUCUAAUCGACAUUAAAAAUGUUCGGCCAGAAGAUGCCGGGAAAUACCGAUGCAUGGCACCAAAUCUCUUGGGGAAUAAUGAUCAAGUUAUAAGUCUGAUCGUACAAAGCAAACCGAAGAUAUCUUUAACUCUUGACCCAUCAUACGUUGAAAAGGACAAGAAUAUUACCUUGCCCGAAUGUCACGUGACUAGCUUUCCUCCAGCAGUGAUCACGUGGUCUAAAGUGCACGGUGAACUGAUACAGGCCAGAGCUGUUUCGAAAGACGGACAGCUGUCAAUAAUAAAUGCUCAAAAAAGAGAUUCUGGUUUGUACAAAUGUAAAGCGUCAAAUAUCUUAGGACACGAAUCAGCUGUUACUCAACUCGUUGUAGUAGAACUACCACAGUUUACAGUCACUCCGCCUGCGAGGCUGGAAGUUGGCCAGCAGCAAAAUAUAACAGUCCCUUGCCAGGCUACAGGGGACCCUCAGCCGACAGUCACGUGGGUAAAAGAAAACGGGCCGCUGUCUUUUGGAAGAGCAAAAGUCAGUGCGGAUGGAACACUUCAGAUUUGGAACACAAAACAGGAAGAUUCUGGCACAUAUACUUGCAGGGCCUCGUCAAAUCAAGUGGUUACAAAACAAGCGAUUUCUAUAAUGAAGCUUAUUGUCAAAAGAGUAUGUAAGGCGGUAGGUGUAGCGGAUAGAAACAUAAUACCAGAUGCUAGAAUGACCGCGAGCACAACCCACUCAGUUGAUCUUCCCCACUAUGGUCGUCUGAACGAGAAAAGAAGUAAUGGAGUGUGGUGUACAAAGGCGAAUCAAAUCAAAGGAGACUAUCUUCAAGUUGAUAUGGGUGCAGUCUAUUCUGUAUGUGCAGUGGCAACGCAAGGACCAAGAAAUGAACUCUGGGUCAAAAGCUUCAAAUUAAAGCUUUCUACAGAUGGAGUAACUUGGAAUUUCUACAAGGAAAACAAUGUUGAAAAAGUGUUCCAAAUCACUCGCACUGGUAUUGUACAGCAUUCACUGAGCCAUUCCGACAAAGGAAGAUUCAUACGAGUUUAUCCCAUUACAUACCAAAAUUGGCCAUGCCUGGCAGUCGAAGUAUUUGUGAUAGCGUAGGAUAACGCCUCUUUUGUUUAACAUUGAUCAGUAAAAUGGGAGUAAUAUUGCUGACAGAUCUACAGAUUAAUAAUACUGCAGAAAAACACAUCACGUGACAGAGACCGACCGACCGAAUGAAAUGGACUGACAGACAGACAAAGACAGACCGACAGACCGACAGACCGACAUAGAGACAAACACACAGACUGACAGA